GGUCGUACGGUUCUGCACCGGUACUGUCAGUACGCCAGUGACAGUGGACCGAUCCGGAUCUAGCCUUCCGGGAAGCAAAACGUUCCCCCCCCCCAUUUCCCGCGCGUUUUAAAAUCACAUUGUGUUGAACGUGUAUUUGUGUGUAUUUUUGCUUUGUUUCGUUUACCAUCUGGUGCGGUGCGGUGAUAAAAUUAAUUUCCUAGUGCGACGUCCUUUUCAGUGCCGGCCACAAUCAAACUCGAUCAAAAAUGCUGCCCAAAACUCCGAAACGCGGCCAACUUUUUAGGCUUACAGCAGAAACAAAUGUGUUUUUUUUUGCGGGGGAAAAACAAAAAGAAACCACAAAACCAACAGUCUGAAACGACCCACUUCGCAACGGGAAGGUUCACGGGAAGAUCGUGGCGAAGAUCGCUGCAAAAGCAGGGAAGAAUAUAAAGUCUAGGUUUGAAACGGGGGCCCCAUUUCCGUGCCACACAAAACGGUCCAAACAGCACAACAAAAUGAAAGGUCUCUUUAACGUGCGAGAGAGAGAGGGAGUGAGAAAGAUUUAAUCUUCUACAUCUCUACGAUCAUUGUUCACUGUGGUCAAGCAUUACCAUUGUCAAGUGCUUUUUACAUCGCUGACAGGUGGCAAAUGUAAUUACCGUUUACUGUCUCAACCAGAUUGAGACUUUCUAGCCUUUUUUUUUUGUUUGCUUAGUUGGAACAUCAUUUCUGAUUUUCUUCCGUACAAUAUUUCCAUCGUUUUAGACAUAUUUCAGAGGAUAAUUUAUCCAUCAAGUAAUAUAUUGCAUACUUCCAGGCGCUUAAAACCCUAAACAAGCGUUAAGCUGUCAAACAUUCCUUUUAGCAGCUUCUCGUUUCACUCUAAGAUAGGAUGGUUGUAGGAUGGAACUUUCUCAAACAAAACACCAUCAGGAAGUGUCUAUUUGAAGUUAAAAUACAAAACAAUUAAAACAAACCCGUAACAGUCUUAUUGAGGUCAUUUAUCAAAUGGUCUAAUAUCUGGAUGCUUGCUCUGCGGAUGAUGAAUGUUAAUACCUUCAGACUAGUUCUACUUCAAAGUUAGAUAUGUGCUCCUAAUUGUGAUACAACAAUUUCCUUGCUCCACAACAAAUCAAUCGACUCUUAAGCCUCCACUAAUUGGGCUUGCCUCUAAACAACCUUCAACCCACAGAAAAAAAAACCCAGCCAAGCCACGGCCAAAUAAUCGAAGCUGUCGAUAUGAUUUAUGUUGCAGCAUCUUCAACUCCUCCCUUCACAUCUCUGCUUUGCAUAAGACAGCCAGUCUGAGGUUUACGGUGCCGAUCCAGGAAGUUCUGUUAGCUUCCGGUUUUAAGGUUGGGGCGAGGAAGGAGUGGAAGUGACUGAAACAAAUCUCACUUUUAGCAAAAGUUCUUCGCCGACAACUUCCAGGCAGGCAAACAGCAGUAGGUGUUGCAACACAAAGGACAGCUUGACGGAAGGUUGGACGUGGUAGUUGAUAAGGAAGAACUCCGGCAGUGUUACCGAUCUCUACAAACUAAUGUAAAGUGUGUAAAGCAAGCAAGAAACUUCGUUCUUCCUUCUCCCCGGACUCCUCCUUCCUAUGCAAUGCACACAAAUCCGAUCGGAAAGACAGUUUCGAUGACGUGCUACUUGUGCAAACACACAUUCAACUUCAAAUUGCACUAUAAAAAGUUACAUCUCUCGUCGAAAGGAAUCGUUUGAUUUCUUGCAUUUUCUUUUUUUUUUUUUGUUUUUGCAAAUCUGAAUCGUUUGAAUCUGGUAAAAAGCGGAAGAACUGGGAAAGUUCUGUAAAAGUACGGGGAAAAGAGAGAAGAAAUAACAAAAAAACAACACCCACCAAGAUGGGUGUAGAUUGGCAGGAGGACAUACUUGCGGAUGACUGACAUUGAGCGGCCAUGAUAGUUGCAUCGCAAAGAACCUCUAACUGACUGUUGAAUGCAUUGUGACACGUUUGAGUUUGAGGAUGAGGAUGAUGGGCUGCGUAAAAACUGAAUCUUAAACGUUCUGGAAUUUGGUGUUUGGAAGAAGUGGGAGAAUGAAAAACUAUUGAAAAAUGAGGACGUUUCUUGUCCUUUUUCGAGUUUUGAGAGCAUGCUCGUCUAAAGUAAAAAUAAAAAUCUUUUUCCUUAAUGAUUUAUUUCGAUGCUACUGUUGGCUGUGAGGUGGAGUUUUUUUCUCUCUCUUCCUGCCCACUCCAACACAAAACACACACAGACACCCUGUCCAAUGUCAUGCUGGGGACAAAUGCCCGUUGAAAAUGAAGGAAAAUCCUCAAUCCAACGGCGUGGUUUUUUUGUGUUUUUUUUUUUUAGAGCUACUGUGACUGCUCUUUAUUAAUUAUAAUGACUCGAUUUCAGCCCACACUCGUCAACAACUUCCACACCGACGAUCAAGGUUUUUUUGGAGGAAAUCUAAAUUCGCUCAAUGCUCGGGAUGCUUUGGGGAUAUGUGGGUGAAAAGUAAGAAAAACACAUGUCACAGCCCAACCGGUACCGGUGUGACGUUGGUGUGCGCGUACAAGAUCCGACAUCUCACCAACCAGUCCAGACGACCAGUAGUCAUCGGUAACCUUCGCUUUGCUGGGGAAUAAAUCAAAACCACUGUUGCGGUUCGAUUUGGAAAAAAAGAAGCGAAUGUAGCACGGACACGAGAAGAGAACGCACUUUCAGCCUGUUAGGAAGGGCGUAGACGAAGGGAGAAAAAAAUAUUAGAUUUAUAGAACCCAUCUCCCAUCUAUUGCAGAUGAAACCGUACGAAACAACGUGAGGAAGACCUCCACAAAAAAAACACACGACACGACUAUUAUCUACCGGAUCUCUGCAUAGAGUUGAGGACAACAACCAAAAGAGGGAGAGAACAUAAAACACCCCUUGAAGUGCGAGUGAAAGUGAGAUAGACGGCCCUUAGAUAAAUAAAACAUUCAUGCAACAGGCGGUUGGGGCCUUUCAAUGUGUUUGAUAUGCCGUAGUCUUCCUGUGUAGGAAGACCUUACCGUCCGCCGAAUAGCCAAAGCAAUCCGCAUCUCGCACUCAUCUCAUCUUGCUGGGUGAGUUUGAUCGCAAUGGCGGCACGGUUAAGGUUGCGCUAGGGACGUUUCUAAGUGACGAAACAACGAUGCGCAUACUGUUCCAAAACGAACCGGUGUACGGGAACUACGAGGAUUCGGGUGUUGCGACCAGUGCCGACGCACACUCGCUCGUGUUCGAUGAACCGAUCACACCGCCACCGGUCGGUGGCAAUACACCGACCGGCGGUACCACACACUCGAAGCUAAAAGGCACACAGGAACGUGGCUCACCGCUCGGUGAGCUGGAGGCACUGGCGAAGGCACUCGCCCAAGCACAAGGAGCAAAUCUGGUACAGCUGGUACCCGUUGGCAAUGAUGCCAAACCGAAGCGUAUCCGAAGGCGCACCAACAAACCGAACGCGGACGACGGAAAGGAUAGGGGAAACAAUCAACCGGAGGAGGAGAUUGGGGAUGAGGAGGAGGACGGCGAAGAGGAUGCAGUCGAUGACGAGGAGGAAGAGGAGGAGGUAGAUCCGGAGCAGGGAGAGGUGGGCGAGGAUGGGUUAGGGGGUGAGGGACAUUCACCGACUCUGCCCCAUCUGUUGCACCAUCGGCAUCAUCAUCAUCUGCCGCACCAGCAGCGUGCAUCCAGCCGGAUGUCCAACACCAGCACCAGUACGAUCAAGCAGCACUACUAUCCGGAGGGUGGCUGGGGCUGGAUCAUAGUGCUGGUCGGCGUACUGGUACACAUCUUGACGCACGGCCUUCAAACGGCGGUCGGAGUGCUGAUUCUAGCGGCGGGUAGCGCCUAUCGCAUCGAGUCAAUCAUCUUCACAGGAUGGUUGGGCGCACUGUCAACAGCGGUAGCACUCUUCAUAUCACCCAUCACGAUCGCGGUAUGCAAACGGAAGUCAACGCGACUCACCGCUGUCAUCGGUGGACUGGUGACCGCACUGGGUUGCCUCUUCACAUCCUUCGCCUCUCAGUUUCACCAGCUAUUCUUCAGCUAUGGUGCCGUCGUAGGUGUCGGUGUUGGGAUGACGCGCGACUGCUCCACCCUGAUGGUGGCACAGUACUUCAAGAAGCGGCGCGAAUUCGUCGAGAUAUUUAUCGUGUCCGGCUCCGGGCUCGGUAUCGCCGUCAUGUCAAGCUUUAUCAAGUCGGCGAUCGAUGCGAUCGGGUGGCGGUUGGGACUGCAGGCCGUCACCGGCACUGUCUUUAUCACGUUCAUCCUCGGCACCUGCUACCGGUCCGCCUCGCUCUAUCAUCCGCAGCGGCGCGCGAUCCUGCACCUGAAGAACCAGAAGCGUAAAAUUAAGGACAAGAACAAACAUGACGAUCGGCCACCGUUCUUCGAUUUUAGCACGCUGCGCAGCAAAACCGUACGCAUACUGCUCGCAUCAACAGGCAUUGGUGCGUUCGGUAUCAACACACCGAUCUUCUACCUAGCACACGAAGUGCAGAAGGAUGGCAUUGGCGAUAAGGUAAUGAUCUUGCAGAUCUACCUCGGACUGGCCUGGACACUCGGGUGCACCGCGUUCGGGCUGCUGGUCGUACGGAACAGCGUCGAAUGUCGCAUCGCCCGCCAGUAUCUCUGCCAAACCGCCAUCUUUAUGUGUGGCGUUUGCAUACUCGCGCUUACCGCUGUGCACGGUAACUACCACGGGUACGUGAUGUUCGUCUGGAUCUACGGUAUCUUCUGCGGCGGCUAUCACUACUCACUCAAGAUGUACACCUACGAGAAGGUGCGGGCACGCAACUUCGCCCGUGCCUGGGGUUUCGUCCAGUUUGCCCAGGCAAUACCGAUCGCACUCGGUGUACCGAUCUCUGGCUACAUGAACGACAGUGGAUCCGGCACCGCUGGCUACUACUUCAGUUCAGGCUGUGCCAUCGUCGGCAGUGUCCUAAUGUUUCUGAUCGAUCUGCACCGGCGUUCCGUGUCACGCCACAAACACACCAGAGCGAACGGUACACGCCACCUGUGCGUCUCGGAAACCUGCCCCCAGCGCCGCAAACUCUCCUUCUCGCAAGAGCCGGACAACGAACCGGGCAUAAUUACCGGCAACACGGCAAUGAUGAUCGGUCCAGAGCUGCUCAUUCCGCCACUCAGCGACGGUAUCGUGGAGCCAAUCAACGGACUAGACAAACCAGAGCUCACCUGCAUCUCCGAGGAGGGUAUAGCCGACAUGGAUCUACCGGAUAACUUGCUGGACGAUCUCGACUACGUCGGUGAUUGCAUUACCUCGUGCAAUAAGGUGGAAAACUAUCUCAUGCUGAGCGAGUUCGAGAACAACCUCAGUGCCGAAGUUCCUAUCCUGCUAGACAAGCGGGGCCGCCGGUUAUCACUCUCCAAAACGAAGGCACUGCUCGGUGGCCAUCUUGGAGCGGCACCGGGUAGUACAUUACUAGCGACCCAACACCAUCCCGAAUGUCCCAUCGAACAUUCGCUCGGACAGGCGUCAGUAGCGGCUGGCCAUCCCGGUGAUGCAAACGGUCUCGCCCUGUUGCAUCCCCACCAGUCACACCACCAUAGUCAGCACCAUCAUCCCCAUCAUCAUCACCAUCAUCAUCAUCCCCAUCAUCACCAGCAACAGCCAGCGAAUGGUGAUCUGGGCAAGAAUGUGUCACCGCUGGUGACGAAAUCGGACUCUGCACCACAGAACACGAUCGGCGGUGGUGGCACCGGUGGAGGACGGGUUGGAGUGGAAGGUGGCAAACAGGCGGCCGGUAAUGGGGGUGGCAGCAGCACCAGCAACAACAGUAGUGGUAGUAGUAGUAGCAGUGCCGUCACCUCCAACACCCUUCAGCCUCAGCAGCACUGCAGACUGAACAGCAAAUGGCGCCCGAGCCAACAGGUCGGGUUUCUCAACAACCGCGUUAUAUCUGUGAUCGAUGAAGCCUCAGUUUAGAAACAUGUUGGUGUGUGUUUGUGUAUGUGUGUGGUUGACAAGCGGGACAGGAUAUUAGGGAUAUAGAGCUAUAGAGAGAGAGAGAGGAGGUGCGUUACAGCAGAAAAAUCUGAUAAAAAAACAAUACGCCAACAAACAAAACAGUCACAAAUAUGGAAAUAGAUGCCCGGCCGCCAGUAAUGGGUACUCCAAAAUGCACUAUUGUACAUAGUACUUACGGUAGUUUUAUCGAUGUAUAUCUGCUAGGAUGCUGCACGCUUGUACGUUACGUUUAAUGUGCGUUACUUUAAUUCUAAACCUAAGCGAAAGAUGUUUACACGGCACUUUUUCUGUAGAGAACAAUUGACUGAUUGAUUUUGUGUGUGUGUGUGCGUGUAUCAUUGUUUUUAUGUUUUAGUUCUAUUAUGUUACAUUGAAGAAGGUCGCCAUGUUUUUUUUUUUACGCUCAACGUCCCCAAAACGUUCCGCCAUUAAUGGCGUUCUGUUGCAUUCUCCUUUUU